AUGGAUCUCCAGACUCCUUCUGGCCCCGGCGGGCCCCUGGCGGUGGUCCAGCAGCAGCCGUCCCUUAAUGGCCGCCGGCAGCGGUCGGAUUAUUACGAGCGGGAGCUCCAGCACAUCCUGUCUCUGGAGCAGAUCAAGGCCAUCCGCUCCAGUAAUGAAUACACGGAGGGGCCCUCAGUGGCCAACCGGAGGCCCCGAAACACCACCACGAACCCCCGGGACAAACAGGAAAGGACUCACGAAGUCAUCCUGGUCAACGUGAACAACAACUACGAACCCGGGAACCCCCUAAACGCCCUAAACCCCCUAAACUCCCACCAUACCCAGCAUUCCCAGCAUUCCCAGCCGGGACUCAGUCGGUCGACCAGUUCGGGGAGCGCUUCUAGCGGGUCCAGCGGGUCCUCGGAGCAGGGCCUCCUGGCGGGGGGGCGCCCCCCCCACCACCGAAACCACCACAACCACCACCACAGGGGUCCAACGGGUCCACAACCCCCCAAUCAUCAACACAACCACCAACAACACAACCAACACAACCAACAGCAGAACAACCGCAACCAGAAGUACCGGAACGUCCCUGUUCGGACUCAACCUCAACCCAAGGCCAUUUCGCAUAGCUUCCAGAGCCCCGUUGGGGACUUGGUGAAAACCCCGGGGAACGGGAAGUCGUUGGAGAGCCCCGGUAUAGGGAACGGGAAGUCGGUGGAGAGUUUAGGGAUGCCUUUGGGCUCCGCCGGGCACCAGUUCAUCUGCGAGCGUUGCGCGAAAUGCAAAUGCGCGGAUUGCACCGCGCCGCGGAGCCUUCCCUCCUGCCUGGCGUGCGGCGGCCAGUGCCUGUGCUCUGCCCAGAGCGCCCUUGAGCACGGCACCUGCAUGUGCCUGGUGAAGGGCCUGUUCUACCACUGCUCGGGCGAGGACCACGACGACCAGGGGGACUCGUGCGCGGACCAGCCCUGCUCUUUAUCGCGCGCCCACUGCUGCUCGCGGUUCCUGUGCAUGGGCCUGAUGGCGGUUCUGUUCCCCUGCCUGCUCUGCUACCCGCCCGUAAAGGCCUGCCUCCGCGCCGCGCAGGGCCUCUACGACCGCGCGCUGAGGCCCGGGUGCCGACAUGAGUAA